CAGGCCAGGGCAGAUGGUGAACAGAUUGCCAGGUGGAAUCCAAGCAGCUGUGCAGCAGGCAACAGGAGUAGGUGUCACACCCACUUGGGAGAUGCUUUUAUUUCUGGAGGAAGAUUUCUUGUAGAAAAUGCCAGUGAAUAGUCUUUGAACAGUGGGAGGGGGCUUCAAAGACUCCUGCCACUUGUUGGACCCAAAGGACUCAACACCUGUCACUUUACUAUACCUCAGUGCUAAUUGAAGUUGUUUCUGGUCUGUCCUAGCAAGCCUGGCAGCCUUAACUCAGCAUUCAGUCCCCAUAAAUUAAAAUAUAUAAUUGUACUUUUGUAAACUGGUCUUUUUUUUUCUCUUGGCUUUCAAAAUAGCAUCAGACCAAACACUACUCACUCAGAUCAAGGCUGGAUAGUGUCUUCAGGUCUCUGCUGUUUGUUUGCUUGAGCACCCCCCGUAAAGCUUGGGAAAAGGAAUCCUUGAUAGCAGUAAUCCCUCUGGGUAAUUUUGGGAAAAAUGAAGUUGUAGGUUUGGAGUUUUGAUCUGGAAUGAAGGCCAUGCUGUGGAGGGUAGCAUCCUGCAUAUAUCCCUGCUGGAAAUGCAAGUUUAACUAACUCCAAAUCUAUUAAUUUUCGAAAAAAAACAUGUUGAAAAUGUGAAAGCUCACAUGCAUCUGUUUCUCUCUCUUUCUUCAGUUUGCUAUAUCUUAAUGUGUGGCCAUAAACACACGUUUCCAUAGUUGUCAGUCACCCAACACACACAAAGAGUUAGAAAAUACACAGAGGCCAAAGAAAAAUAUUGGAGCCCAAAGACAAUAUCUUGCGCUGAGAGCCGUCUCACAGCAUCAGUUCCCCCAAAAAUUAUUCUGAAAAAUAAUUCUUCUGUGCCAGGAAUAUUUCAUUAUGGAAUUCUCCUAGAACAACAGUUUGCUGUUGUGUGUGUGAGGUUGAAGAGACAAAUUUUGGGCGAGUUACGCCUCUUGCUUCUCCUCUUCCUCCACUCCUGCAAAUUCAACACGACAGGAAAUCUUUUCUCACCAGAAGAAUGCCAGAGCUGCUCGUCAGUCUCCUCCUUCAACCUUUUCCAAGCCCUCUUGCUUCCUUCAUUCCUUCAAGCGUGGUUACUGUUUUCAAGAGUAGACCUUGAUUCAUGGCCGUUUCUUAUGAAGUCCUAAGAAUGAUUCAAUGGAUCUUUACAAGCAAACCCACACAAACCAGUAACUGUAUUUUACAAAGAUAACAUUGUCACUCCACACAGGAAUAUAUUUUCAUGUAAAUCAACAAGAGGAUUAAUUUAAGAUAGAAAACAACAACAAUUUAAUAAAUUGAACAAUAAGUGAUUCACAUGUCAUGAUUGUAUAUUAUGGUAAGUGAUACCCAUGUCAUCAGCCCAUCUGAUCUGGUAGUUAGAGAAACAAUAGUGAUACAUUGCUCAUUGAGUGUAUCUAUUGAGGUCUAAAAAUUAUACUGUACGUUGUAAUCUGUUUGAUAACAUUACGAAGUUCCCCCUGCUUAUCAUUGGAAGCUGCCCUCUCCGUCACGUCCUGUACCUGUCAUUUCCGGAGAUGAAAGAACACUGCACAUCCAAUGGAUUAAUAAAUGACAGUAGCUGCUAAUCAUUUCAACCACUAAAAACCGAUUUGAUUAUCAAAACGGAUAUUCGUGACGCUUGUUUUUUUGUUUGUUCCCAGGCUAUAUAUUUGCGUCGGUGUCCACAAAUGACUGUCCUCCUAAAAUUUGUGUUUUCAGGUCUGAAUAACUAGCUAGCUAGUUUGCUAGCUACCCAAUGCUAGCUGCUUAGCUGAUACAUUUCUGUGACCUAAUUUAGCUAACGUUAGCUGGCUACUUAGCGAUACAAAAUGUGUUGAAAAUUAAGCUUUGAUUUGGUUUCUGUGGUUAAAAAUAAUAUUGUUUUUGUGUGUCGUCAUUAGCAUUGCCGGGAUGUGUUUACUUAUUCCUUUGCAGGCACGACUUUACGCUUUGAAUCAUUUGGCUGUACUAACAUUAGCAGUAGAAGGUCAAUAUUGUUGAUGCCAGCUACAGCUAACUAUAGUGGAAUACUUCUCAACAAACCGUUAGGCCUAUGCGCAAUGAGAUGUAAAGCUACUGUUAGGCUAUUCGAUAUGAGAUGUAAACAGAGUGGGGGCUUCAGCUAUCCAGAUUCACAGUUGUUCAUUAGUUAGCUAGCUAGUCUUUAGCUAACAGGAAAAGUAGCCAUACCCAGUGUUGGCUGAAGUUAACCUUACUCGAACACUUGCAAACACCUCAAUAAUAACAAUACUUGGAAUAUGGAUUUCAUGUGGACUUCAGCCAUACUACAAAAUCACCUUAUUCUACUUUCAAAAUAACAUUUUCAGACGACCGUCUUAAUUUCAGAUUUUUGCUGACAGGAAAACUUUCAUGUUUUGUUUUGGAGAGUAGGGGUUGGCUUUGGAUCAAUUGUUGAUUUUUGCAUGUGUUAUAGUUUCAUAUUUUUGCAAAUAGUGUCCUCUCACAGUAGAAAAUGAAUGGCCUAUCUGUCAGUGAGCUAUGCUGCCUGUUCUGCUGCCCUCCCUGUCCGAGCCGUAUUGCCGCCAAGCUUGCCUUCCUGCCUCCUGAGCCUACAUAUUCCCUCUUGCCGGACCUCGAUGGGUCUGCGGCCCCAGGGACAGCAGGGUCAGCGGGGCUGAGAUCCAGGGGAGGGGUACCUGGAGCAGCUGUAGGGGGUUCAGGCAGCAAUGGUCCUGCAGAGGGCAAAUGGAAGCUCCACCUGACAGAGCGAGCUGAGUUUCAGUACUCCCAGAGAGAGCUGGAUGCUACAGAGGUGUUCUUCACCCGCUCCAGCCGUGGCAAUCGAGUGGGCUGCAUGUACAUCCGCUGUGCGCCCACCGCCAGGUUUACAGUGCUGUUCUCCCAUGGUAACGCGGUGGACUUGGGCCAGAUGAGCAGCUUCUACAUCGGCCUGGGCACACGCAUCAACUGCAACAUCUUCUCCUACGACUACUCCGGCUACGGUGUCAGCACGGGCAAGCCUUCCGAGAAGAACCUCUACGCUGACAUUGAAGCCGCCUGGCAGGCCCUGCGCACACGAUAUGGCAUCAGCCCAGAGAACAUAAUCCUGUAUGGGCAAAGCAUUGGCACCGUUCCCACAGUUGACCUGGCAUCACGGUAUGAGUGUGCCGCUGUGGUGCUCCACUCCCCCCUCACCUCUGGCAUGCGGGUGGCCUUCCCAGACACCAAGAAGACGUACUGCUUUGAUGCUUUUCCCAACAUUGAGAAGGUGUCUAAGAUCACGUCACCGGUGCUGAUCAUCCACGGGACUGAAGACGAGGUGAUCGACUUCUCCCACGGUCUGGCUCUGUUCGAGCGCUGUCCCAAGGCCGUGGAGCCACUUUGGGUGGAGGGGGCGGGACACAACGACAUCGAACUGUACAGCCAGUACCUGGAGCGCCUGCGCCGCUUCAUUGGCCAGGAACUGGCCGCACAGCACGCCUGAACACCCCCACACCGCCUCCAGGCUCCAACACUCCUCUGGCUCUCCUCUGUUCCCCUGGGUCUAAGUGGGUCAGGAGGAGUGGAUGGCUGGGCUCUCAGAAUGAAUGAUCCUUCACCUUUUGGGGUGACUUUGUCUGGAUGUUCGGCAGCCACGUCUUUUAGUUGUUUUCCUAUUUUUCUGUCUCUGUCAUUAAUCCUGGUCAGAGAAUCUAUUCCACCUCCCGCCCCUUGGACAGUGCAAGAAUGCACCCAGGCAUGGAGGGCUCUCUACCUUCUGCCUGUUUUAUGUCUGUCUGUCUAAAGCCCCUCUCUAUUACCCCAGGCAUGGAGGGCUCUCUACCUUCUGCCUGUUUUAUGUCUGUCUGUCUAAAGCCCCUCUCUAUUACCCCAGGCAUGGAGGGCUCUCUACCUUCUGCCUGUUUUAUGUCUGUCUGUCUAAAGCCCCCUCUCUAUUUUACCCCAGGCAUGGAGGGCUCUCUACCUUCUGCCUGUUUUAUUUCUGCCUGUCUAAAGCCCCUCUCUAUUACCCCAGGCAUGGAGGGCUCUCUACCUUCUGCCUGUUUUAUGUCUGUCUGUCUAAAGCCCCUCUCUAUUACCCCAGGCAUGGAGGGCUCUCUACCUUCUGCCUGUUUUAUUUCUGCCUGUCUAAAGCUCCUCUCUAUUACCCCAGGCAUGGAGGGCUCUCUACCUUCUGCCUGUUUUAUGUCUGUCUGUCUAAAGCCCCUCUCUAUUACCCCAGGCAUGGAGGGCUCUCUACCUUCUGCCUGUUUUAUUUCUGCCUGUCUAAAGCCUCUCUAUUA